GGCUUUAUCACGGCCCAGGUCUUUUGUUCCAUCUUUCGUGGCUUCGCUGAACGGGCUUUUGUCGGCCGAAGCAGUUUGUAGCUUGUGAAAGUGUUAACGUUCGGGUCCCACAGUGGUUUGGGUGCCCGAUAGCGAUAGCCGACCCUAACCCAGACCCAAUACGGAUAAUUUCCGGUAACCUUAAAAAUGGCAAUCUUUGUCUUGGCAGUCAUUCAAGCCUGUCAAUGAUCCCUGCACAUCCCUCCCAACAACACCAUGACGAUGCCAACCUGGCAACUGCAGACUGUAACUUAUUGUACAUAUUAGUCUGCAACUCUGGUAUUUUCUUCAACGGUCAUUCCAUUCCAGUCCGUUUCAACAGAUUGCAGCGGCACCAUGGACGAACAGAGACUUUGCGCAACGACUUGAAAAGAAAGCAUGCGCGUUCCAGGUAGCCAGGGACGAAGAAUUGCGCCGGCGCUCUUGUUGCUGGGUCUCCAAGCAACAGCCACCCAUGGCUCCAGAUCGCCUUCGGAGACGGCCCCGAGCACCGCGCCGGCUCCCACCCAAGCAGAGAUCUGCGAGUCCAAGACGAUAAAUUACAUUACCCACACGCUCCCUCAACAAUGCCUGCGUACAUCAUGGACGAGCCCCAACGUCACCGCCGCCAGUACCGCAGAGGCGCAACCGACCGUUGCUGUCACCGUAACAGCGACCAGCGAGACCUUGGAGGCAAGACAGGUCAAUGGUACGCAGGAGGCCCACGACGAGGACCUGGCAGCCAGUUCCUUCAUGUCUUUCGAGGAGUGGAAGGAGAUGAUGCUGCGUAAGUCGGGUCAGGAUCCCGCAAACAUCAAGGCCCACAAGCCGCGUGAACAGCGAAUCGAGCGCGAUCCUAGCAUGAAUGGUGGCGAAGGGGACAGUUUCGGCGAGGAUGGAGAGAUCUCGCUCGACUUCGACGCACUGAAUGAGAAAGUGUCAGAAAUGGCAUCGUCAUCUUCAGGGGGAGCUGUGCCAGACGCAAAGGAGGAGGCGAAGGAAGAACAACUGUUCUACGACGACGGCAACAUACAGUACUACCGGAGCAAGGAUGCCGGCAAGACUUGCAAGGAGAGGUUCUCAUAUGCGUCUUUUGAUGCCGGAGCAACCGUGCUUAAGACAAGCCCUGGCGCAAAGAAUGCAAAGGCCAUCUUGGUCGAAAACAAGGAUUCGUACAUGCUGCUCGAGUGCCGGGCCAAGAACAAAUUCGUCAUUGUCGAGCUAAGCGAUGAUAUUCUCGUCGAUACCGUCGUCCUGGCCAAUUUUGAGUUCUUCUCUAGCAUGAUCCGCAAGUUCAGAGUCAGCGCCAGUGACCGCUAUCCUGUCAAAUUGGACAAAUGGGUCGAGUUAGGCACAUUCGAGGCUCGUAACUCGCGGGACAUCCAAGCAUUCCUGGUCGAGCACCCCCAGAUCUUCACAAAGUAUAUCCGCAUUGAAUUUCUGACUCAUUACGGCAACGAAUUCUACUGCCCAGUAUCAUUACUCCGCAUCCACGGCACCCGCAUGCUAGAUACGUGGAAAGAGCCGAGUCACGACGACGAGCCGGAGCAGAUCCAGGCCCCGGACCAAGAGCCAGUGGCCGAGAUGCAGCAAGUCCAGAAUUCCUCAGCCGGCGACAAUUCAUCAAUGAAUGCUACAGUGACACACAUGCCCGAGGUUGUCACCGAGAUGGGUCUGUCUCCGUGGCAACCUGUGUUCCUGUACAACUUCUCUCUCGAGACCUGCGAAAUGCGCUCUCCCACAACGGACGGGCCUACCCCCGUAUCACCAAGCCCGGGUGAACCCGCGGGCAACCCGGAUACAGUGACUACACAGUUGUCGGCAGCUACAGGGUCUGAUGGUGCAUCUAGUUCUUCCUCGCCCGCGCCAGCCGUGGCAGAGUCUCCAUCCUCCCAGCGACAAUCAACGAGCAGCUCACCCUCUAGCAUACCUUCAGCGCUACCACAUGGCAGCAGCAACAGUACCGCAAGUAACCCGAGCAGUAAACAAACCGCAGAUGGCCACGAUCCACCUACCACACCCGCAACAACAACAACCACUUCCCGCAAUAAGACAAGCAGUGCUUCCAGUCCCCCGCCAGCCUCGCCCACCGUCCAGGAAUCAUUCUUCAAGACGGUUACGAAGCGCCUCCAGCUCCUUGAAUCCAACACGUCGCUCUCGCUCCAGUACAUCGAAGAUCAAUCUCGCUUCCUCCAAGAGGUGCUCCUCAAGAUGGAGCGCAAGCAAAUCAGCCGCGUCGAUUCAUUUCUCGACAGGCUCAAUAAUACAGUCCUCUCAGAGCUCCGCAACGUGCGCACGCAGUACGACCAGAUCUGGCAAAGCACCGUCCUCGCGCUCGAAACCCAGCGCGAGCAAUCGCAGCGCGAGAUCGUCGCCCUGACCUCCCGUCUCAACGUCCUCGCCGACGAGGUCGUCUUCCAAAAGCGCAUGGCCAUCCUGCAGAGCGUGCUCCUCCUCUCCUGCCUCAUCCUCGUCAUCUUCAGCCGGGGCGGCUUCGCCCAGUCCUUAGAUGUCUGCUCCUUCCCCUUACCCCCUGGCGGCGGCUCCUCCGCCUAUUACCGACGGUACACCGGCUUCGGCCGGUCCGAUUCCAUAUCGGGCAUGUCCGCCGCCUCUCCUGGACCGGCACAUGCACAUGCACGGUCGGACUCCAUCUCAGGUCAGGGGAUGAUGGACGCCGUCGGGAGAAUGGACUUCUCCCCGCCUUCACCGCCCCCAGCCGCCACGACGACCACAACCACUUCCUCCUCCGCCGCCGCCCCCCUCGCCGCCUCAGCCCUGCCACGACGCGGCUAUUCGUCCAAAUCCCUCCCGCUAACCCCCUCCUCGUCAGAGCCCAGCCGCGAAUCCACGCCGGCAGUGGUCCGUAUCCGUUCCUCCGGCAGCCCCGGCUCCUCGCCCCCCCUUUACGAACAAGAACAGGAACGUGACCAGGAGGAAGCAAGAGAGGAAGUAGAAAUACAACAAGAUGAAGAAAACCACACGCCAGUCCGGCGCCCCAAGGCUCGACCCCGCCCCCCUCGCGGCGGACAGGGAGAAACCGGAAGUCCUCCACAAACACCACAACCAAUAACAAUACCAGAAGAGGGGGAGGAGGGUGGUGAAGACAGGGCAGAUGUACGGGGAGUCGAACAACAAGAGCGCGAGAGACAGCAGCAGCACCCGACGCUGGCGAGGGUGCGGUCAACCCACUCGCAACUGAAACCGCUGCCAGCGCUGCCAGAAGAUCCGAGUUGACGAAUGACUGAUGGAUGAAUGAAUGACAUGACUUAAGUGUAGUUUAAUAGGGUCCCGAAUGUCAAUGUACUUGCAUCUUUCACAUCUCUGCCGCUAAAUGGUUUCAAACAUCUCCAUCUUGGCCAUGCUUUUGAGAGACAUCCACUUAUGCAAAUGUUGAUGGGGGUCUAAGCCCGGGACUCCGGCCACAGCACUAGGCAACGUCGCAAAGAGGCGAUUCGGAGACAGGUGGUCUAGAAGGCAAUACUAAUAUAG